AUGACCACCACAAGCCCUCCCCUCGGCAAGACCGAUCUGUCUCGAUGGAGGCUUCGAGUUUCGGACGGUGGUCGCCACGUCUGGCACUAUCUUCGCGAUGAUGCUGAAUGCAAGGCGUGGCCGCAAUCCGUCGAAGACAAGUACUGGCUCGGUCUCGCCACAGAUCUACCGGAGCUUCCAAAGGCCAAAACACCGCUCGAUACUGCCAGGAACGGUCUCUCGUUCUACCGCCACCUCCAGUCUUCCGAUGGCCACUGGGCAGGCGAAUACGGUGGACCCAUGUUUCUUCUACCAGGCAUCAUCAUCGGCAUGUACGCCACUAAGACGCCUAUCCCCGAAGAAUGGAAGAUUGAGAUUGCUCGAUACCUCUGGAACCGCGCCGACAAGGCGGAUGGCGGCUGGGGUAUUCACAUCGAAGGCUGUUCCACCGUCUUUGGUACUGCUCUCAACUACACCGUGCUGCGUCUCAUCGGCGUGUCCGCAGACCAUCCGAUGAUGGUCAAGGCGCGCGGUACGCUGCACAAGCUCGGCGGUGCAACAGGCAUCCCUUCGUGGGGUAAGCUCUGGUUGGCGAUCCUCAACUGCUAUGAAUGGGAGGGCAUGAACCCCAUCCCACCCGAGCUGUGGUUGUUGCCCGAUUGGCUGCCGAUCCAUCCAUGGAGGUGGUGGAUCCACACUCGAAUGGUCUACAUCCCCAUGGGCUAUCUGUGGGGUCGAAAGUUCAAAGCCGAGAUCGAUCCGUUGAUCGAAUCGUUGAGGCAAGAGCUGUAUGUUGAACCGUACGAGUCGAUCAACUGGCCAGCGCAGAGAGGCAACAUUGCAUCGGUCGACAUCUUCUACCCGCACACCAAGACGCUCAAGACGCUCAUGGCGCUCGUCGGCGCCUACGACAACUGUCACAUCCCUCCAUUGAGGAGAGCAGGCAUCAAGCGCGCCUACGAGCUGCUCGUGCUCGAAGACGAAAACACGUCCUACCAAUGCCUCGGUCCGGUCAACAAGAUGCUCAACUACGUAGCACGCUGGGAGGUCGAGGGUCACGAUAGCCACGCCAUGCGAAUGCAUCGCGAAAAGCUUAAGGAUUUCAUGUGGAUCGGUCCCGAGGGCAUGAUGAUGACUGGAACCAACGGUAGUCAACUCUGGGACACAUCCUUCAUUGCCCAGGCCAUGGUGGAUUCCGGGCUUGCUGCAGCCCAAGAGAAUCGUCAGCUCACACAAAAGUUGCUCGACUGGCUCGAUGAAUGUCAGAUCCGCGACAAUCCCAAGCAUUUCAAAACAUGCUAUCGUUUCGCUACCAAGGGUGCUUGGCCUUUCUCGACAAAGGAGCAAGGCUACGUGGUAUCGGAUUGCACGGCUGAAGGUUUAAAAGCUGUCAUCAUGCUGCAAGAAUCCGUGCCCUAUCUGUCGAAACAAGUCUCUCGAGAACGCAUGCAUGAUUCCAUUGAUUUGCUGCUCACCAUGCAAAAUCCAGGAGGUGGCUUUGCAUCGUACGAAACCAUCAACGGUCCCGCAUUGCUCGAACUCAUCAAUCCGGCCGAAGUGUUUGGCGACAUUAUGAUCGAGUAUGCCUAUCCCGAAUGCACCACUUCCGUGGUCACUGCGCUGCUCAAAUUCACCAAGAUCGACGACUACCGUAAAGACGACAUUAGCAAGUGCGUCGAUAGUGCUGUCAAGUACAUUCUACGUGCGCAGAGGGACGAUGGGAGCUGGUUCGGCUCGUGGGCGAUCUGCUUCACGUAUGCUACCAUGUUCGCCGUGGAAAGCUUGAUGUUGGCCGGUCACACGUACGACAACAGUGAGGCAAUCAGGAAAGCGUGCAAGUUUCUCGAGAGCAAACAGAUGCAUGAUGGUGGAUGGGGUGAGACGUACAAGUCGUGCGAAACGGGAGUAUAUACACCUGCGAACAAGUCGCAAGUGGUGCAAACAGCUUGGGUGAUCAUCACACUGCUACACGCCAAAUAUCCCCAAAAGGACCGCAUCAGGAAAGCCGUCAAAGUCAUCAUGGAUCGUCAACUUGCCGAUGGUUCAUGGGCGCAAGAACAGAUCGAAGGCAUUUUCAACAGGAACUGUGCCAUCUCGUACCCGAACUACAAAUUCAGCUUUACCAUCUGGGCGUUGGGCAAAGCUGCGCGCGAACUCGAUUGGAGUGCGUGA